UGACGUAACACACGACGAGCGCAAGAAGAAAAUUUAGUUGUGUACUUGUGUCGGUGUUGGUGGGCGCGAGACUUGCGCGAGACGAAGUAUGGCGUAGGAUUCUCUGGCCUCUUUUGUCCAAGUGUCGAGUUCUCAUUCUAUUAGUGUGCUACGUUUUUCCUAUACAUUUGACCAAACGAUAAUUCCACGAGCGUUUUGUGUAUCCCGGCCGUUUUAUCUCGACCGACUUUUUUUGGUGAUUCGCCGCUUUACCAGCCGAAGCCAGUAUCUCUUACAGGGCACGAAAAGGACGUCGAGUAUCGUAACAGAAUGAGCGUCGAUGCGUAUGGGCCUAGCAGUCAGACCCUCACGUUCCUUGAUACGGAGGAGACGGAUUUAAUUGGCGCAGAUACGCAGGGUAGUGAAUUCGACUUCACGGAUUUCACAUUACCUUCGCCGAGUCAAACUCAGGCCUCGCAACACGAUGCUGUACAAAGUCAACCUAGCCAGUCUGUACAGGUUAAUGGAACAAGCGGCAGCUCAUCAUUGGACUUGAAGAUAUCUGGAGCAGCACAAAGCCUUGCUGAAUUACAAUUUGAGGAAGAAGAAGAGGAAGCUUACUACAAUCGUGAUUUACCAGAACAUGCAUGUAAAUAUUGUGGUAUUCAUGAAGCAUCAUGUGUUGUUAUGUGCAAUGUCUGCCGCAAAUGGUUUUGUAAUGGACGUGGAAACACAUCUGGUUCCCAUAUUAUCAACCAUCUUGUUCGAGCCAAACAUAAGGAAGUCACUUUACACAGAGAUGGUCCUUUGGGAGAGACUGUUCUUGAAUGUUAUUCGUGUGCUGUUAGGAAUGUUUUUGUUCUUGGUUUCAUUCCUGCAAAAGCAGAUUCUGUUGUUGUGUUACUCUGCCGCCAGCCAUGUGCAGCUCAAAGUUCCUUGAAGGAUAUGAAUUGGGAUCAAGAACAAUGGAAGCCAUUGAUUGAAGAUCGCUCCUUUUUAGCGUGGCUAGUAAAAAUCCCGUCAGAACAGGAACAGCUACGAGCAAGACAGAUCUCUGCGCAACAGAUCAAUAAGUUGGAAGAAUUAUGGCGAGACAACGUUGACGCUACUUUCCAAGACCUCGAAAAGCCUGGAGUAGAUGAAGAACCGCAACAAGUGCUUUUGCGGUACGAAGAUGGAUACCAAUACCAGAAUAUAUUUGGUCCUCUCGUUAAAUUAGAAGCCGAUUAUGAUAAACGUUUAAAGGAAUCUCAAACGCAAGAGAAUAUCGAAGUGCGUUGGGACGUUGGCCUGAACAAAAAAACAAUCGCAUACUUUAUGCUGGCGAAAACGGACGGCGACAUGAAACUGAUGCACGGUGACGAACUGAGACUUCGUUAUUUGGGUGAACUUCAUAAGCCUUGGUCUGGAAUCGGUCAUGUGAUAAAGAUUCCCGACAAUUACGGAGAGGAAGUGGGGAUCGAGUUGAAGAAUAAUUCUGGCGCUCCAACAGAAUGUGUCAGUAAUUUUGUCGUUGAUUUUAUUUGGAAAAGCACAAGCUUCGAUCGCAUGCAAUUAGCUUUGCGAAAAUUUGCCGUGGACGACACCUCUGUAUCCGGUUACAUAUACCAUAGACUGUUGGGACACGAGGUAGAGGAAGUCCUUUUUCGUUGCCACCUCCCCAAGCACUUUAGUGCACCGAAUUUGCCGGAUUUAAAUCGGUCCCAAGUGUAUGCCGUAAAACAUGCUGUACAGAGACCUCUGUCCUUGAUCCAAGGACCACCCGGUACAGGGAAAACCGUGACUAGCGCCACGAUAGUUUACCAACUUGUCAAACAAAAUGGUGGUCCUGUACUAGUGUGCGCCCCGUCCAACACGGCUGUGGACCAACUCACGGAAAAGAUACACAAGUCUAACUUAAAAGUUGUACGACUUUGUGCAAAAUCACGAGAAGCAAUAGAUUCUCCAGUAAGCUUCCUGGCUCUUCACAAUCAGAUUAAGAAUAUGGAGACGAAUACAGAGUUACAGAAAUUGCAACAAUUAAAAGAUGAAACUGGAGAAUUGUCCAGUGUUGACGAAAAACGUUACAGAUUAUUAAAGAAGGCUGCAGAGAAAGAGUUAUUGGAAGCAGCUGACGUGAUUUGCUGUACGUGUGUGGGAGCUGGUGAUCCAAGGUUACACAGACUAAAAUUUCAUUCGAUUCUCAUUGACGAGAGUAUGCAGGCGACUGAACCAGAAUGCAUGGUACCAGUCGUUCUUGGUGCCAAGCAAUUGAUCUUGGUGGGUGAUCACUGUCAAUUAGGACCAGUGGUUAUGUGCAAGAAGGCCGCCAGAGCAGGUUUAUCACAGUCCCUUUUUGAAAGAUUAGUUGUACUUGGAAUCAGACCUUUCAGAUUGGAAGUGCAGUACCGUAUGCAUCCAGAUUUGUCGCGUUUCCCGUCGAACUUUUUCUACGAAGGCUCUCUACAGAACGGUGUUUGCGCCGAUGAAAGAAAAUUGCUGAAGAUCGACUUCCCCUGGCCAGCUCCUGACAAACCUAUGUUCUUCUAUGUGACUCAGGGACAAGAAGAGAUAGCUGGAAGUGGUACAUCUUAUUUAAACCGAACAGAGGCGUCAAAUGUUGAAAAGAUAGCGACAAGAUUUCUGCGCUGUGGGGUGAAACCUGAACAGAUUGGUGUAAUUACCCCCUACGAAGGUCAGAGAGCUUACUUAGUACAAUAUAUGCAGUACCAAGGGUCACUGCACUCAAAAUUGUAUCAAGAGAUUGAAGUAGCCAGCGUGGAUGCGUUCCAAGGCAGGGAGAAGGACAUAAUAAUCAUGUCUUGCGUUAGAUCCAAUGAGCACCAAGGUAUUGGGUUCCUGAACGACCCAAGACGAUUAAACGUUGCGUUAACCCGCGCCAAAUACGGAAUUAUUAUUGUUGGAAAUCCAAAAGUAUUAUCAAAACAACCAUUAUGGAACCAUUUAUUAAGUUUCUACAAAGAGCAGAAAGUUCUGGUAGAAGGGCCAUUGAAUAAUUUAAAAGAAUCCAUGAUUCAAUUCGCCAAACCAAAGAAACUGGUGAACGCUGCCAAUCCAGGUUCGCAUUUCAUGUCUACAUCCAUGUAUGAUGCAAGAGAGGCUCUUAUACCAGGUUCAGUGUAUGAUCGUUCAGGUACUCAGGUGAAUGGAACACAGAAUCAUAACCCUUACUAUCAGCGGAACGUGCCUUUGGACAUUUUUAGCAGAACUCAUGAUACCAUUAGCUACAUUAGUCCAGAAAGAGCUCAAGCAGCAAUGAAUAACGUACCAGUUCCUGUGGGAAUGUUUAUGAACAUGGCACACGUGCCUCCACGGUUCUACAAUCAACACCAACAGGCUCUGCAGGCUAGACAGAACCAACGUAAUCGUAGAGGAACUGCCUUAUCGAAGAACAAACAGGGUCCACGAAUGGGUAAAUUGAGUCAAACAGAACAGAACACCCAGCCAUAUAGUCAACCAGGACUGCCAUUGACUCAGGGCACUACACAGGGCAUGUCUCAGCCAGGUUUCAGUCUUUCUCAGCCUGGCUUAAGUCAGGCGGAACUCUCGCAAGAUUCUUUUGCCGUUGGAGAGUUCCAGUCACAGAUGGACGGUCUGUUGUCACAGGAUUCAACGUAUCAGGGUGAUCGAAGUGGUUUCUAUCAAUCCGGACAGUCACAAGCCGGGGGGCAAUUCUCCCAGCCAUAUUGAGCCGAGACCGUACGGCUGAGCAACGCAAUUGCUAUGCAGCGUCGCGGGAGCGACUGAAGGCUCGUUCGACCAAUUCUUCUUCGACCAACAACCACAAAUCACUAACUGCGCAAAACGGUAAAACGGCUCGGCGAUCGAGUACGGUAAUAAAUAAAUGCACGCAGUCGUCGGCGUAAAAGAGGGUUUUAAAAACAAGCAAGCAAAUAAAAAAAAUACUACUACUACUACUGCUACAAAGAAACGGAGUUCGUCGUUAUUUACCGUCGAAACGCUAAAAUGUUUGUACCAGACGGGAAAGGAAAGAUUAUGUUGAACCACCGGGCAUAAUAGAGUGCGACAAACCGCAUGGAACCAAAAAAAAUUGAAUGGAAAGGGGGAUAGGACUGGGAGACGACACUAUCACCAAAUUUACACCAACUAUACUAUUCACCGUGACACGCGCUUACCGUGAACGGACCGUUUUAUCGCGGGGAUCGAGUGACGCUAGAAUUACACACACAACAAACAAACAAACAAAAAAAAAACGUCAAAAUACCAAAAACAACAAAAAAAUAUAAUAAAAUAAUAAAAAGAAAGAGAGAAGGUACGGGACUUGUAACGCUUCAUGACUUGAUCCAAAAAAAAAAAGAAAAGAAAAAAAAAA